AUGUCGACCACCGUGAACGAUCUGCUCAUCGAGCAGAGUGAAAACAUUAGCUCGCUCAAAAGAGUCCUCGUCAAUUUCAAAAGGCUAGCCAAGCCGAACGUGACCCUCGCCAAAACGCGAGGUCGUCUUGCCACUGCGGAGGAAAUCUGGGGCGCUUGCCGCUCCCUCCACGUCAAGCUUCUUCAGAUGGCAACGCCGGAGCAGAAGAAGGCCUUAUCGUACUUCGAGAAGGACGAGUUUCUCGCAGCUGAGGAUGUCUACAACGAUGUGGCCGAUCUCCUUCAUGAAACGAUAAGUCGAUUUACACCAACUCAAAUCGCGCUUAACGAUCGUAGUCUUGAUUCCUCCGUUCGCGAACCUAACAAUCAUUGUUUUCAAUUGCCACGCAUCACGCUCCCGAAGUUUGCCGAGUGGAAUCUGAAGCGAACGAAACGCGACGAGCUCCCUACUUAUCAGGAACUCAGUGAAUUCUUAACGCUUCGCAUUCGCGGACUAUCUGACUUUUCGGAUGCGAGCACAGACGCCGGCUCCGCGAAGCACGAUAAGCCGCGUUCGUCAGUCAAUAGCGUGACCGUCGCCAAAUGUAUUUGCUGCUCCGGCGAGCAUCCAGUUGCGAGAUGCGAAACGUUUAUUAAAAAAUCUGCUUCACAGCGUUGUGCUUUUGCCCGUCAACAUAAGAUUUGUUUUAAUUGCUUAAAGCCCGGGCACUUUCCGACGAAAUGCCCGAGUAAAUUUCGAUGCAGACAGUGUAGUCGCAUGCAUCAUACACUGUUGCAUUCCGCGUAUUAUGGCGCCUCUGUCAGUACAGAGGCUUCCGCGGCGACUACCUCUGAGUCCGCCUCGAGCGUCUCUAACGACUCGCUAGUUCCGCCGAAGGUACCGCCAGUUGCGAGCGUCCAGACAGUACCACCCUCGCUCGAUCGACCUCCCAACGUUCUUUUGGCCACGGCGUGGGUCGACCUCCACACAGAAGAGGGUCGAUGUUUGAAAGUACGUGCGCUGCUGGAUCAAGGAUCCACUUUCAGUUUUAUCUCGGAGUCGCUUUCACAAGCUUUGCGCACUAAACGGCAACGAGCCAAUUUGCAAAUUAAAUGUUUCGGCGAAAAAUUCACCGGUACUGCUAAGUCACGAUUAACGCUUCGAUUAACCCCGCGUUCGAAAGCUGAUCCGAGCUUUCCUCUGGAAGCUUACGUAUAUCAACGCAUUACUUCGUAUGCCGCGUCGCAAGUUCAGCCGUUCGAAACGUGGCCACAUUUACAGGGUCUCUCCUUUGCGGAUCCUGAUCCUUCGAGUCACCACCAAAUUCACUUAUUGAUCGGUGCUGACCUUUACGGCUCACUUUUGCUGCGCGAUAUCCGUCAAGGUCCUAUCGGUACUCCGACCGCUCAAUUGACCGCUCUUGGUUGGGUACUCUCUGGCCCUACGACUAGUAGGUCCACCGCUUCUGCUGAAGCCUCCGUAUUGAACUGCGUGUCUAAUCAGGACAUCCACUUGCUUCUCCAGAAAUUCUGGGAAGAGGAGGAAAUUCCUCACCCUUUACCCCUCACUGAAGAGGAGGAGAGGUGCGAAGCUCACUUUGUUGCGAAUCAUUACCGGAAUUCGCAGGGACGUUAUACCGUCCGAUUGCCAUUUAAGCAUGAUCUCCCGAUAGAAAUCGGUGAUUCUUUAUCAAUUACAACUUCGCUGUACUAUAAAAUGGAGAGCAGGUUACGACGUCAACCUGAGCUUCAAGCUCAGUAUAAUGAGUUUUUAAAAGAAUAUCGCUCUCUCGGGCAUAUGACAAAGGUGGAGGACUCUGAGCAUUCCGAGUUCAAACCCGUAUACAUAUCGCAUCACCCUGUCUUGCGUGAUUCGAGCUGUACCACUAACUUACGCGUUGUUUUCAACGCCUCUUGCAACACGAGCAACAACUCCUCUCUCAACGAUCAUCUGUUGAUCGGUCCGAGGUUGCAACAAGACCUUCCCGCGAUACUGUUGCGCUGGCGGCAGUGGCGCCUGGUCUACACUGCGGAUAUUGCUCAGAUGUUCCGCCAGAUCCUCGUGCAUCCGUCUGACACGGACUUUCAGAGGAUUCUUUGGCGUUCGUCGGCUGACUCGCCGAUCGAACGCUACCGACUUCUCACGGUGACGUACGGGCUGGCCCCAGCCCCGUACCUUGCGAUGAGAGUCCUGAGGCAGCUCUCCAUUGAAGGAGCUCUCUAUCCCGCUGCCGUUUCAAUUCUGCGCGAGUCCUUUUAUGUGGACGACGCGCUUUUCGGCGCGGACGACGAGGCCUCGUUAAUUGAGGCUCGUAUACAACUGGUGGAAAUACUAAGAAAGGGUGGAUUUCAGCUCCGUAAAUGGGCAUCCAACUCCCUCUCCCUUCUUCAGGGGCUCUCGGCUCAUCAGCCGGAAGUGAAAAAUCACUUGUUAGUAAAAGAGGAUACUCUCAAGGUCCUAGGUCUUUCGUGGCACUCGCAGGACGACUCGUUUCAAUUCGUGGUCACACCGCCGAAAACGGUCAAUCCAACGAAGCGCUCAAUUCUCUCUUUCACGGCUAAGUUGUACGACCCGCUCGGUUGGGCGGCUCCGUUCGUUGUAACCUCUAAAAUUCUGUUACAAGAGUUAUGGCUUCUCAAGUACGACUGGGAUACGCCUCUCCCUGACGAGUUACGCGAACGAUGGGAGAGUUACUCCAGGGACUUGCAAUCGUUAAAUCUUGUUGGAUACCUCGUUGGACCGGUAAACAUUGCGAGAAUCUCGCGUUAG